AUGAUGGAGGAUCUUGUUGAAAGGGUUGCAACUGCUAUGUUAGAACGGGAUAAGCUACAGGAGCAGAUUGACGAUGUAAUUGAAAGGCAGAGCAUCUACGUCAGCAGCCGGCCGUCAACUGCUCAUGGACAACCUGAAAUGGUGCCCAUGCCAGACAUUCCAGCAUUGCCUCCAAAUGCUCCCUCGUUCAGUGAACGUCUUAGUUCCGACCGCCCGCACACUGCGCCAUCUCAGACCUCGGCGCGCACGUCAUAUAAGGCUAACUCAUCACGCAAGGUGGAGAGCAGGGUUCCUCCUCCACCACUACCGCUUAGACUUAGACCACCUCUACGCAAGAAGAAAUCCUUUUCACGAGUUUCUACCUGGCUAUUCACUGGUGGAGAGCCUAACCGAGAUAUCAGUAUCGACUCCCUCACUAAUAACCCAAGACCAAUAACUGGUACCGACGGCUUCUAUCAAAUCGAUGAUCUUGAAGAGAAUCGAAGGUGUAGCGUUGAUACCCUAUCGACAAACUCAGACUGGACUAUUGAAGAAGAGCAGACUCUACCUACAAGCUUGUCACCUAGUAGUACGACAACUCUUAGGGCAAAGUUGGAGCCUCCGAUGGCAAUCGCAUCUGGACUACGACACCCGAUGGCCUUCCAACAACGACAGAGUGUUGGUGUUGCUGUCUAA